AUGAAUUAGUAUGGAUUGAAUGAAAAAUUAUCAGAAGAUUAGAAAAGGAAAUUGCACGAAUUACAUCUAAUUUAAUAAAGAGAACUGUCCGAAUUGAUUAGAAGACAUUAAGAGGAAUAAUUGUUGAUAUUUGAAUAAUGGAAAAAAGAUGAACAAGAUUAACAAAAUUAGUCUAAAAACUUUUCAAUUAAAGAUGACAAAAAUUCUAUGCUUAAUUACAAACCAUAUACUCUCAGCCAAUAUAAACUACUGAAAUUGUAGCCCAUCCUAAAAAACCCUGCUCAAGGCUUAGGUCCAACUUUGUCCAUUGAAAAAUGGCAAUAACAAAAGGGUAAAAUGGACAGGAUGCUUGAAUUUGCAGAGCAUGUGAAAGUAGAGUAUAGAAACUUUAAAUAAAGAAUUCCCAAAAGCGAAUAGAAACAAGUAACUGUUAGACAAAAAGGCUUAGAAUUUGCACGCAACAUCUUGAAACCACUAGCACCUUCACCUAUGAGAAAAAAAUCCAUAUCAAAGAAUUCAGUCGAGAAUGACGAAUUAUUGGAGUAUGAAUUGAGAAAUCAAUUAUUAAAAGAAUAGAUAGGCAAAAUGAAAUGA